AUGGCGGAACCACAGUACGAGGUCGAUUUGGGUAACCUUAUGGCGUUCGACCGUUAUCAUCAAUUCCCUUCUCCUCCAUCCUCAAGGGAUGAGAUUGUGAAGGCGGCCCUCGAGCACGGGACGAAGUUAGUGCAAGCGGUGGCCGGUGCCCUUUUCAGUUUGCCUUCGAUGGAGGAUCCCGACGGCCCCAUCGUCAAAUUGCCUGCUCCGACUACGAAACUGCCCAGAGAAAAGCCGCUUCCGAAGCCUAGACCUCCAACAAAAUGGGAAGUGUUUGCCCAGAAGAAAGGAAUUCAGAAGAGAAAGAAGGAAAAAUUGGUGUUUGACGAGCAAACUGAUACCUGGAAGCGCCGUCAUGGUUAUGACCGUGUUAAUGAUGACAAUGACAUCCCAAUCAUCGAGGCCAAGGCAACUGAUGGUAUGUAA